CGUGACACUGGCACUUUUAUUGUGAGAAAUGGCAGCUGCCAGUGCACCAGUAUUCACGUGGUGAGAUGUUGGAGACGACUGCACUGGAUGGUUGUUUCUUUGAGCACUCAACUUUGCAGUUUGUUCGUGCCCCUGUUAACAGCCCUCUGCUCUCCAGUGCUUCUGAUAGUUGCCAGCCCAAUAAAUACUGUCUCUGUACCCGGCGAUCCAGUCCCCUGCCCUCCUGCUCUAAGAUUGAUCCCUUAUCCCCACCCCUUCUUUUCUCUCGUCGCUGCCAGACCCGCAGCUUUAGAACCCAUGUGAAUAGGUGAAACUCUGAGGCUCCAACAGAUGGCCAGAGCUGCCCUGAUUCAGUCACACUGCUGCCGGAUGAAUACCAGCUCAGAGAGCCCAGAAAGAGUGGAAAAAACGGAGUUCGAGGAGAGCAAAAGAGAGAUGGAGAGAGUGAUAGAGUUUCCCCCAUGUGUGUGGGAGAAUAAGGGGAAACGGGGACGUGUUAAUAUGCAUGAGGGGAAGAGUAACUGUGUGAGAGAGGGAAAGAGAGACAACAAGAGAGGGGAGUGGACGAUAUUGAAUUGUAGAUUGAGGGACUUCUUUCCCUCCCGCCCUCUUUUAUUUAUCUGCUAUGGAACCACGCCUCCUUCCUUUCACCUCUCCGUGUGUCUAUAUCAGUGGACCGGCUAUGAGAGAGCCCACUUGUACGGCUGGCAGAGGGGGAGUCGAGUCAGCGGGGGUCUGGCGAAGACCGAACAGGUGACGGAUCAUCAUAUCCCUGACUUUAACGCUUCCUGUAGUUGCUCUGUUCUUCAGGAAGGAUUCAGAAGUGGGCAUUAGUGAGGUUGAGAAGAAACUGGGAUCUUUCUAACAAGAGUGGGAGGUGGAAGACAGGUUAAAGUCAUGGCAGUUGGGUGGAGACCGGCCACCCUUCUCCUUGUCUUCAUCCUGACGUUCCUCUGCCCCUUGGAUGGAACCAUGUACCUCUCUGGCCAGAGACUGCGGUCUCGUCUUCAGAGGGAUCGCCGAAACGUUCGUCCAAACAUCAUUCUCAUUCUUACUGAUGACCAGGACAUUGAACUCGGCUCAAUGCAGUCCAUGAACAAAACAAAGCGCAUAAUGAUGCAGGGAGGCACUCACUUCUCCAAUGCAUUUGCCACCACUCCGAUGUGCUGCCCUUCUCGAUCAUCCAUCCUGACUGGGAAAUAUGUGCACAACCACCAUACCUACACCAACAAUGAGAACUGCUCAUCACCGUCCUGGCAGGCCCACCAUGAACCUCACACUUUUGCUGUUCACCUCAACAAUUCAGGCUACAGGACGGCCUUCUUUGGCAAGUACCUGAACGAGUACAAUGGCUCUUACGUGCCUCCUGGUUGGAGAGAAUGGGUAGCACUGGUGAAGAACUCCCGCUUCUACAACUACACACUGUGCCGGAACGGUAUCCGAGAAAAGCAUGGCACAGAGUAUCCAAAGGAUUAUCUCACUGAUGUAAUCACAAACGACAGCAUCAACUACUAUCGUAUGUCAAAGAGAAUGUACCCACACAGGCCUGUGAUGAUGGUCCUGAGCCACGCUGCCCCUCAUGGGCCGGAGGAUGCAGCACCUCAGUACAGCAGCGCCUUCCCCAAUGCAUCUCAACACAUAACCCCAAGCUACAACCAUGCCCCAAACCCAGACAAGCACUGGAUCCUGCGGUACACAGGACCCAUGAAGCCUGUGCACAUGCAGUUCACCAAUAUGUUGCAGAGAAGGAGGCUGCAGACCCUGCUUUCGGUGGAUGACAGCGUCGAGAAGGUUUACAAUAUGUUGGUGGAAACUGGGGAGCUGGAUAACACCUACAUCAUUUACAUGUCUGAUCAUGGCUAUCACAUUGGUCAGUUUGGAUUGGUCAAGGGCAAAUCAAUGCCAUAUGAAUUUGACAUUCGAAUCCCCUUCUACCUGAGAGGACCUAAUGUGGAUGCAGGUGCCAUUAAUCCUCACAUGGUCCUGAACAUCGACCUUGCCCCUACCUUACUGGACAUGGCCGGAGUGGAUAUUCCCUUGGACAUGGAUGGCAAGUCCAUCCUCAAGCUGUUAGAAAAAGAAAGACCAGUCAACAGUUUUACCAGGUUUCAUUCCUACAAGAAGGAGAAAGUGUGGCGGGAUUCAUUCCUGUUGGAGAGGGGCAAGCCUCUGCAUAAGCUAGCAGAUGGCAAAGAGGUGGAACAGAAUUCGCUGCCAAAGUAUCAGCGGGUCAGAGACCUGUGUCAAAGAGCUGAAUACCAGACGCCCUGUGAGCAACCAGGCCAGAAGUGGCAGUGUAUUGAGGAUCCCACUGGCAUGCCGAGGCUGUAUAAGUGUAAAGGGAUGGCGGGUAUCUAUGCACCUCGUGCUUUGGGUCUGAUGGCUGCCAACAGGGGACAGAUCAAUGGAGCGCUUUUCGCAUCGUACCACUGUGAUUGUGAGCCCACCGUACCUGUCAAGAGGAAGAAGGCACUCACUAAAAAGAAGUUGAAGACCAAGAAAAGUUUACCGCGUAAUCGUUGGGCACGUUCUGUCUCUUAUCACUUGGACUCAAAUGUCUACACUCUGGACCUGGAGAAAGGCUACCAGCCCCUCAACCUCAACACCAGCCUCAUGCUAGGCAGAAAGCAGGCAGUGUAUGGAGAGAAUGUAGAAUAUAGCGGAAUGGGACCCACAGACAACAACUUCAACUCCCUCACGCCACCUGCUGCUCUUAAAGUCACCUACAGAUGCUCAAUACUGAUGAACGACACAGUCAGAUGCGAUGGUGGAUUAUAUAAAUCUCUACAAGCAUGGAAAGAUCACAAACUACACAUUGAGCAUGAGAUUGAGACAUUGCAGACCAAAAUAAAGAAUCUCAGAGAGGUGAAAGGACAUCUAAAGCAGGUUCGACCGAAAGAGUGUGAAUGCAACCAAAACAUGUAUCAACACAACAAUAGGGGACUGUUCAAACUCAAAUCAGGCCGGAUGCAUUCUGUCAAUAGAAAGACCUCCAACGAUAAGAAACAGUGGCUGAUGAAAGAGCAGAAACGCAGGAAAAAGCUGAGGAAGCUCCUGAAGCACCUCCGUAAUAAUGACACUUGCAGCAUGCCAGGCCUCACCUGCUUCACCCAUGAUAACCAGCACUGGCAGACCGCCCCCUUCUGGACAAUGGGGCCAUUUUGUGCUUGCACCAGUGCCAACAAUAACACUUACUGGUGUCUGAGGACUAUCAAUGAGACACACAACUUCCUAUUUUGUGAGUUUGCCACUGGCUUCCUAGAGUAUUUUGAUCUGAACACAGACCCUUAUCAGCUGAUAAAUGCUGUGAGCACACUUGAUCGUGAUGCAGUGAAUCACAUGCACCAGCAGCUCAUGAAACUGCGCAGCUGUAAAGGUCACAAAGAGUGCAAUCAGGAGACAGGUGGUAAAGAAAGAAACUCUUUGUACGAUUACAGGCCUCUUCAUCGUCGAAAGAGGCCAAAAGUGAAGAAACCGUCCUCCAAAUCAAUGGGCCAAAUUUGGGAAGGAUGGGUAGGUUAGAUCUGUCUCUACUAUCCACUGUGAAGGAUGCGCAGAGGUGAGGAAUGUGAACCGAUGAACUCCUGACCCGAGGACAGCAAGUAAACUCUGCAAACGUCUAGCUGUAAUGAAGUGUGGAGUUGUAUCAGUGUGGUCAUCUCAGUUUCUCUCUCAAUGCAGUUCAUUAAUGUUUCUAUCCACAUUUUUUGAUUCGCUACAUUUUUUGUGAACUUUUUAAUGAAAGACUUCAAUCAUGGAAACUUUUUACCAUAAUGGACUUUGAUGGAGAUGAGCAAAUCUCUGUCCAAUAAAGCAUGUAACAUUUUGUGGCUAAGAUUGAUCACCUUCACUGAUCUCAUAAGACGAGAAAACUCACAUGGCUCAUCAUCAAGAUAUGAACCUGUCAUCUAUUUUUCAGUAAACACACUACUUCUUUAUCAUUCCUCUAAGACUGUGGGACUCUGAUACUGUGUUAAACGCGGGGCCGGUGUGCUCUGACCUCUGCUGCUGUGGAUAUUGUAAUAUUACUCUCAAAGUGAAAAUCCCAAGGAAAUAUCAUAAUACUUUACACAUGUUGUGCUAUAAUGAUGUUAAUGUCACCUGCAACCUAUGUGAUUCUCUUCAUGGAAAUAUUACUUUCAAACAUGGUGCUACUGUAAGUUAACACGUGGAACUGAAUGCUGCAUAGUAUGUAUUUGAAUGUAUGUGCAAUUAAUGUAAAUAUUAGAAUAGUUUUACCAGACUGAACAUAAGUGAGUUUGUCUUCGUGAAAGGAGAGCACCCUCAGUCUAACAAAGGUUUUACGUUUCAUUUGAAUGCACUUAUUAAUAACAUACUAAACAGUGUUUGAGUCAUGUGUUAUAAUAGUUAUGUAAUUUCAAAUAUUUGUGUAGUUGUCAUCAUCAACCAAUUCCUUACUUUUUGCUGUUUUCCUUUGCCUUGAAAUUUGGAAAACAAUGAAG